GAGACGUGCUGUGACAUUUGCUGUGCUGACUCUUUGGUAUUGCUUCUUGACGGAGCUGUUUGAUGAAAAAAAAAACCCCUGCGGAAAUAGCCUUUUCGAAUUAUCCAACCAGCAUGAGGCAUCCUGCCGACUCGGAAAUAACAUAACACAACGUUUUCACUGCGAAAACCACUCGCCGACAUUCACUUCAAAGCUUCUUCCAAGCGGAUAAACGGUGCAACGCGUGUCAUCAAAACGUUUGCACAAACCUUUCAGCAUGCGAACUUUGCGGCAGCGGUGCUCUGCCUCUCGGUGGGCGUUGUGGACCGCAGUGUGCAUUGUCGUCCUGCAGCUUUCCACUUGUGAUGCAGCUGAGACGUGGCAAAAUUACAACAUGAACCAGGUAGAACAGAAGCCCGCAUCGUGGUGGCAAGGGCUCUUGGCAAACUUUGCAUAUCCUGCGCCUGCAACGUUGUCGCAAACUGCCGGCCAAAGACGACGCCGCGACGAUCCGAGCGGACCCAUCACCACUGUUCCUACCUCAUGUGCUGGGCCGGCAAGCCCCGACUGCUGCCCGGGAGACAUGGAAACCAGUUAUGAUGCUAGCUUGCAACAAGCUCGAUGCACAAUACCAGAUUGCGUGGUUGUGACGCUUGGAACGCGAGGCUACUUCAAUCGGACUACACUUUUGUGCGAUCCCGUGAGAACUUGCACUACCUCAGCAGUGAUUACAUACGACCCGGUCACGAAUUCUUGCAUUGACUUUACUCUACCACCGCCCCCUCCAGUCAUUAACCUGAUUGACACCUUCACCCCCUUGAACACACUGCCCAACGUGACGUCGGCUGCAGACUGCAAUCACGGUGUGCCGAAUGCCAACUUUACGGCGUGCAUUUGCGACCCUGGGUGGAAUACCCCUACCACGAAUCUUCUCGAAAGUCAUUCAUUGUGGUGCUCGCGGCAAGAAGAGAACGUGAGCACAGCCUCCGACACUGCUGGGCUCGUUGAGUUGGUCUUUGUGAUUGUUGCCGUGGUUAUUGGCUUUGUAGUCUGCUGCAUAGCGGGACGCUGCAUAUGGCGUCGUUACAAGGCCAAAAAGCAGCAAUCCGCUCAAUCAGCAGGGACGCGAGCAGCUGCUCCUGCUGCUCCUCGGCCUGCUUCUUUCAGCAUGACGCAAUCCGUCCCACAACACUACGUCUCGGCUCGGUCACUCCAGAUGCAGCAGAUAUCGCCCACCUCCUCGGAAGACGACUCUGGAAGCGGAGUCACGCCCGUGCACGAAUAUGCCAUGCCAAUCCGCCCACCGGCCCCUCUACCGGCUGACGAGCUGGUGCGCGGCUCAAACUCGGGUGGAGCAGCAGCCCAGCAGUGGCAACCUCCAUCCAACUAUCGAUCUGCUGCUGCACCCCGACCUUCAGCGACAACAGAUGCGCAAUCCGAGAAUCGUUGGCAACCACCGUCACAUUACCGAUCUGCCACAUCGGCAUCAAGCAGCAACCCUGUGCGUCUGAACAACGCCAGCGCGUCUGCUAGCGGAUUUCGUGCACCUGGCCAAUGGGUAUCACCGUACCAAACUUCUGCCGUGACUCGACCUGCAACAACUCGUCGCAGCAAUGAUUCAAAAACAAUGUUAGCUCUGUUGGAUGAUUCGUCCAGUGACGACGAUGACAUGUGAAUCGCCAACCCCGUGCUAUGAAUAGCCAACCCCUGCCAUGCUUUGUCUGCAAAAGAUACAACGUGUUUGUUCCGCGAAUGCUGAAAAUUUCC